CUCAUAUGCUAAUUUCAUUUUCUUUUAGUAAAUUCCCAGGAGUGGAAUAGCUGAGUAUAUGGUAGAUCUCUUUUUAGUUUUCUGAGGAAUAUCCAUCCUGUUUUCCAUAAUGGUUGAACCAGUUUACAUUUCCACCAACAUUGUAUUAGGGUACCUUUUUCUUUUCAUCCUUGCCAGCAUUUGUAAAUUUUUGAUUUUUGGAUAAUGACCACUUAAAAUGUAAACUCAAAUGCAUAUACAUGUGACGAAUGAUUCUAUGGAAUUUAUUUUUUAGAGCAUGAAUUCGAUGACUGCAGCAGGCCCCAUGGCAAAUUCUGUGUUUGUGGCGGCACCCCACAACAAAUACCCUGUGGUCCCAGGAGUCAUGUCUCAGGUGCCCUUGGGUCCAGACAACCAGCCCCGAGUCCACCUAAUUCCUGGGAACUCAGUUGGCUUGGUAUCAAGUCCGAAUGAGCUGUCUACUCAUAGACCCUUGAAAGAAGGCAAAGCCUUAGGGGCUGUCCAGAUCCUGAUUGGCCUGGUGCACCUAGGCCUCGGCGCGGUCAUGGCCACCCUCCGCUCCGAGUACUACAUCCCCAUCUCCUUCUAUGGAGGCUUUCCCUUCUGGGGAGGCAGCUGGUUUAUCAUUUCAGGAUCACUGUCAGUGGCGGCAGAAAAUCAGCCCAAGUCUUCUUGCCUGCUGAAUGGCAGUGUGGGCGUGAACAUCUUCAGUGCAAUCUGCUCUGCGGUUGGAAUUGUACUGUUCAUCACGGAUAUAAGUAUCAUCAGCACAUAUAAACUCCCCAACUAUUAUGUUCCCUUUGAGACCUGGGGUGUGAACCCUGAGAUGGCUAUUUCUGGUAUGCUGCUCAUCUUCUGCACCCUGGAGUUCUGCAUUGCAUGCACAUCUUCCCACUUUGGCUGCCAGUUGACCUGCUAUCAACACAACAACGUGGGUCUGGUCAUCCCAAAUGUGUAUGCAACCACAGUGGUAAUCCCAGAACCAUCGUGUUCAAUGCCAGGUUAUUCCAAUGUGAUCCAAGGUUCCAGAUAAGCAAAUCCAAGAUUCCAAAGGCAAAAGAGAUCAUCUCCUUUCUGUGCUCUAUAACCCUUGUUCUUUCCUGGAAAACUGAGGGAAACAUCUCUCCAACUGCUUGCACCCAGCUCUUCAAGCUUCCAUUUAGCCUGGUUAAACCCUGCUAUUCCUCGAUGAAGUAAAAGAUAGGAGUUUAAGAUGGAUUUUAACAAAGCUUCCUGGGGCAUAUGCAUCUUUCUGCACGAGGACAUCCAUGGAUCUUUGUGCACACACAUCUGAGUGCAUCUCAUGUAGGAGACUGUGGAUUGGAGGAAUAAAUUUCUAGACACCUAAUCUUUGCAGUUCCAAUGAUUCAUUAUUUAAUAAAUGUGUAUUGAGCACUUGAUAUGUUCAAGGAUCUAUUUAUGACAAGAGGGGAGUGAACU